AUGGUCAUUUCAAUGAAGGAUUGGGUCGUGCCGUUAUCCACAGGUGUUACACUCCAAGUCACCGCUUACUAUCCGGCACCAGAGCUAAAUUCCACAAAACUGGCGAUCCUCUUGCAUCCCUGGUCGUGGCUUGGGGGUGACAUGCAUGAACCGACUCUGAAGGUGCUGACUAGAUUACUCGAACACAAGAGCUACCACGUGAUACGGUAUAAUUCGCGAGGUGUUGGCGAGUCCAGUGGAUGGCCUUCCCUGACAGGCAAAGCAGAAGGCGAGGAUCUCAAGGCUUUAGUGCAGGAGUUCCUGGCAGAGAAACCCGAAAUCGAUUCUUUGACAAUUAUCGGAUAUUCUCAUGGCUCUCUGAUAGCCUCUCUUCAUCCAGUCUUGAACCCGAACGUUAAAACAUCACAUAUACUGUUAUCCUACCCCCUCAGUCCAAGAGGACUGUUGACCAUGUUCCACACUGGCACAUACACUUCGGCAUUACGUGACCUGUUGUGCAACCCUGACGCCAGACUACUUAUCAUUUACGGAGACAAUGACGAGUUCACGAGGAAGUCCAAAUAUGACGAGUGGGUUGAUACACUCAGGCGAACAGAUGACUUGAAGGCUACGUUUGACGUUGUUCAGGUGAUGAAUGCAAAUCACUUCUGGCAAAGUCAUGACGCUAGAAUUGCAUUAGAGCAGGCCGUUGACAGCUGGAUAUAUUGAUGCAUCAUGUCAAUCUUAGCUGGAUAUAUGUUGUCUUGCUUGUAUCAUUGAUUAUUACUACUAGCUGUAUCUUGGCUGUGUCUUGAAUCUUGUUUGCCUUGCAAUAUAUUUAGUGCUACCAAAAUCGGAUGUUGC